ACAUUCAAAAGGGUCGGUGCCGUUUUGAGUUGCGAUGUUUGGUGUUGCUCUCUUUUAGCGAUUAUUAUUAUAAUAAUAAUUUUAAUAGUGAUAACAGUGAUAAUUAUUCAAUAUCGUGCAAAGUUUUGGGAGCUGGUCAGAAUCUAGCAUUCCAAGUCACCUUUUCAUUUUCUCUUUUCAACUCAUUUUGAUUGAAAAACUGUUCUUUUAUUUUAUUUAAUUUCUAGUUAAUCAUAUUCUACUUUGACCGAUCCUUGAAUGAUUGGUUAAUUCGGUUUUUUCAGUUUUGAGUUUUUCCCGACCGUGAGAUGGGUGCUGUCGAUUAUUGAUUCUGAUUUGUCUUCCCUGGAGCUGUUUUUGAUUGUGCUGAUGUGAUGUUCUUUGUUUACACCCUUGAUUUUUUUAGUCUAAUUGUUUAUUGUCCUCAUCGUGUAAACUAAUGUGAACCAUUUAAAAGAAUGCAAAAUAUAAAGGAAAAUGAGGAAAAAGUCAAUUUUCUCAAGUCUACAUCACUCUCUGUUUGAUUUCCCGGUCUUGGGUUGUCUUUCGAUGUAUUUUUAAACUUAAACCUUGGAAAUACUUGUAAUUUACGUUUGGUUUUGAAGGAAAUGUACCUUAAAAAGUUUGGGAAAAUUUUUAUUCUUUGUCAUUGUUUAUUGAUAUUAUGUGUCAGUUUGUCUAUUUCAUCGCAGAAUCUUUAUGUGUUGGGUCCAUUUGUAUUAUUGACUCCCACUCUUUGUAGGCCCAAGUUGUGUGGUUGCAUAUGGUAUUGUUUUCUUCCGUGUCCACUGAGUGGGGUAGUACAACUUUACAUUAUGCAGGAAAUCAAUAUUUUCUUAAUUGUUUCAUUAAUCAUUGACAGCUUAGCACACUUAAGCUGUUGAAAUUUUUUAUCUUCCUUUCUGUUGAUAUUAGUGGUGGUUGGAUUUUUUCAUUCCCGAUUUUUCUCAGUGUUUAGUUUGUUUUCAUAUUUAUUCUGAGUGAUGUUGUAGUCGUUGUUAGUGAUUUCUAUCAUUUGUCAUAUUUAUUUAGUUGUUACUCUGUAGUAGAUAUAAGUAGUUUGUCCAUUCUUUGAUAAAUAUCUACAGCAUUCAUCGUUGUCAUGUUCAGUUCGCACUGAUUGAAACCUUUCCAGGACUGGAGCAUCCUUUAGUAAUCAAGCGAGGAGCAAUAUAUUGUGUUUCGAUAUUCUUCUUAAAAUGGGUUUCUUUUAUUAUCCCUGUAGAGUUUGGGAAAUUGAGUUUAUAUGGAAAGAUUCGAAUCUGGAGGAGGACUUGACAUUUGAUCAUAUGAGUGUCUGUUUUUGUCAAUAUGGUGGGAAAAUUAUGCUAUUUCUUCUGUUCAUUAGCUGCUGCUGUACGAUUUUACAACCAACAAUCGGGAAUAAAGUCAAAGAAUUGUUAAUUAUUUCCUUUUCCCUUUGGCUAAAUUAUUUCCUUUUUUUAUAUUCUAAGUACAAAAGUAAGAAAGAGUGUAAGUGCAUACAAUUUCCAUUGAUGCCUUUACUCUUUCAACCUUGUCUUUUACAAGUUACUUGAAUGUACAUGAUCCUAGCACCUAUGUAUUACUCAACCAUAGUUCAAGGUAACCUCAAUCAUGUUUAGCUGUCAAUUAAGGCCAACUUGUGCUUUGUGUAUGUAUGUAGCUCACUACAUGUAGGAUGGACCCUUUAACGUCUUUAUUUGGAUUUUAGUGAAUUGCAUUUUUGGACCAAUCAUUGAUAAGAAAAAUCCUUCUAUUGAAUAAAUAAAUGAUAGGAACAAUCAAUAAUACUUCCUUUCUUUUAAUUUUUUAAAUGGUUAUUAAAUGUCUUAUAUAAUUAUGCUUUUGAUAACACCGGUUCCUAAAGCUGUUUGCCUUCACUUUUCCGCUUCCUGCUCCCAAUUUUUGCAUUUGCUUGCUUCAUGUGUUCCAUAGAGCUCAGCAGUUGAUGGACUGUUACCCCAAGAGCAGUGACAAGAAAACAUUAAAGAGUGGUCUGAAACCUGGAUUCUAUGGACUUGAAGUCGAAUCAUACUCCUGUUCUCACUGAUUCUGCACCCGUAACAAAGUCUAGGCUGUGUGCGCACUCCAGUUUGUUGCCUUACUCCCAUUCCGGGGCAACCUUUACGCAUGGAAUGUUAUUGACUAUCCCAAGGAAGAAAACAGGAAUUCUUGAAGAUGUUCGUUCAAGUGGUUGGUUGGAUGCCAUGAAAUCAUCUUCACCUCCAGCCAGGAAGAUAACAAAGGACUUUAGCCAUGGGUUUGCAUCAUCUGACUCUGAUACUGCUGGUGCUUAUUUUAGCUGGCUGCUAAAAUACCCAUCUGCUCUUACAUGUUUUGAUCAAAUCACAAACUAUGCAAAAGGGAAAAGGAUUGCGUUGUUUAUGGAUUAUGAUGGAACUCUUUCCCCAAUUGUGGAUAAUCCUGACUGUGCGUUCAUGUCAGACAAUAUGCGAGCUGCUGUUAAAAAGGUGGCAGAGUAUUUUCCAACAGCAAUAAUUAGUGGAAGAAGUCGUGACAAGGUAUUUCAAUUUGUAGGACUAACAGAACUCUACUACGCUGGUAGUCACGGGAUGGACAUCAUUGGCCCUGUUAGACAAUCUGAAUCUGAUAAUCACCCGAAUUGCAUUAGGUUUACAGACAAGCAGGGUAAGGAAGUAAAUUUAUUCCAACCCGCUGCUGAAUUUCUGCCCAUGAUUAAUGAGGUCCUCAAGUCUCUUGAUGAGUGUACGAAAGACAUUAAAGGUGCUAAAGUAGAGAACAAUAAAUUUUGCGUAUCUGUGCACUACCGGAAUGUUGAUGAAAAGUAUUGGGAUUUGGUGGGGCAACGUGUUCAUGAUGUUCUGAAGGGCUAUCCGCGUUUGCGCUUAACUCAUGGCCGGAAGGUUUUAGAGAUCCGACCAGUGAUUAACUGGGAUAAGGGAAAAGCUGUCACGUUUUUACUUGAGUCACUUGGGCUAAACAAUUGUGAUGAUGUGCUUCCUAUAUAUAUUGGAGAUGAUCGGACUGACGAAGAUGCAUUCAAGGUUUUGAGAGAGGGGAAUAAAGGUUAUGGGAUCUUGGUGUCUUCAUCACCCAAAGAAAGCAACGCAGUUUACUCUCUUCGUGAUCCAUCAGAGGUAAAUCUCACUUCUUUUUUGUAUUUUUUGUUGAAUUUCUUUGUCCUAAUUCGUUGUGCUUGUGGUUGUGCAUGUUGGUAUCAUUUGGUCCUGACGUAAAUUUAUCUUAUCACUGUGUACACACAGGUCAUGGAAUUUCUCAAAUCACUUGUGUUGUGGAAGUCAAGCUGCUUAAAAAGUCUUAUAUAGAUUAUAGAGGAGAAUAUAUAUACUCUGCUAUACUAUUAUAUAGUACAUCAUAAGAAAAAAAGCUUUUUCGAUUUUGGUUUUCUCGGAAACAUUCAAAGAGGUUUCCUGGAGCAGUUUUACGCACAAAAGACCUCUUAUGGUACCAACAGCGCUGUCUGUCGCUACCCACUUGUUUUGUUCAAACCUUCUGUGCUGCUAGCUGUAAAUUCCUGCCUCAAUUAUAAAUAUCUUCAAGAUUUAAAAGAA